UAGAACCGUUCUGAUUGUCCUGCAUUCACUAUCGUGUCAGAGAUCGAUCGAUCCAUUUUCACAUCUCACUCUACACUGACUGUCCUAAUGUGGGAGAAAACGAAGAACAGAAACGACGAGGUUGAGGUUCGAUCAAGAUUCACGUAUUAAUUCCAGGUACAGAUUCGUCAGGAAGAUCGUUUUUUAUUGAUAAGGGAUCUUCCGGGUCAGUUCUCUUUCUGUUUGUUAUACACUAAUGGGAAGAGGAGGGCAGGAUAACGGAAGAAAGGAAGAUUUGAGAUCCAAAUCUCAGGAGGAGGUUUUCCCAGCUUGGUCAAAGGAUGUUCGAGAAUGCGAGGUGAAAUUUGGGGUCAGUCGGGAGCAAGGUCUUUCCAAUGAUGAAGUGGAGAAGAGAAGGCAGAUCCAUGGAUUUAACGAAUUGGAGAAGCAUGAUGGACCCUCAGUUUGGAGGUUGAUUCUAGGUCAGUUUAAUGAUACCUUGGUUAGGAUUUUGCUUGUUGCCGCUGUGGUUUCAUUUGUCCUGGCUUGGUAUGAUGGGGAAGAAGGUGGGGAGAUGGAGAUCACGGCCUUUGUUGAGCCUCUAGUGAUUUUCUUGAUAUUGAUUGUGAAUGCAAUUGUUGGGGUUUGGCAAGAGAGUAAUGCCGAGAAAGCACUCGAAGCCCUUAAGGAAAUACAGUCUGAAACGGCUACUGUGAUACGAGAUGGCAGAAAGAUUCCAAAUUUACCUGCUAAAGAGCUUGUUCCGGGAGAUGUUGUGGAGUUGAGGGUGGGAGACAAAGUUCCUGCUGAUAUGAGGACUCUAACUUUGAUUAGCUCAACCUUUAGGGUUGAGCAAGGAUCCUUAACUGGGGAGAGUGAAGCAGUCAGUAAGACUACUAAGCCUGUUUCUGAAGAUUCUGAUAUUCAGGGGAAAAAGUGUAUGGUCUUUGCAAGUACAACUGUAGUUAACGGAAACUGCAUCUGUUUGGUUACUCAAAUAGGAAUGGACACCGAAUUAGGUAAGGUACAUUCACAGAUUCAAGAGGCUUCAGAAAAUGAGGAAGAUACGCCGCUGAAGAAGAAGUUGAAUGAAUUUGGAGAGGCUUUGACAGCUAUUAUAGGAGUCAUAUGUGCGGUGGUGUGGCUUAUAAAUCUAAAAUAUUUCCUAAGCUGGGAGUAUGUUGAUGGGUGGCCGAGUAACUUUAAGUUCUCAUUCGAAAAGUGCACCUAUUAUUUUGAGAUUGCAGUCGCAUUGGCAGUGGCUGCAAUUCCUGAAGGAUUGCCCGCUGUCAUAACUACAUGUUUGGCCCUUGGAACCCGGAAGAUGGCUCAAAAGAAUGCGCUUGUGCGCAAGUUACCUAGUGUCGAAACCCUAGGUUGUACAACAGUCAUCUGCUCAGAUAAAACAGGUACUUUGACCACCAACCAAAUGGCUGUAGCAAAGCUUGUGGCUAUGGGUGAUAGGGAAAAUGCUAUCCGAACUUUUAAUGUAGAAGGGACCACAUAUAAUCCUUUUGAUGGAAAAAUUCAAGGAUGGCCUGUGGGCAAAAUGGAUCCUAAUCUUCAGAUGAUAGCCAAGAUUGCUGCAGUGUGCAAUGAUGCUGGCAUUGAAAAUUCUGGAGAUCAUUUUGUUUCAAAUGGAAUGCCCACAGAGGCAGCUCUAAAGGUUAUGGCUGAGAAAAUGGGACUUCCUGAUGGACUGGAUACUGGUACAUCCUCAGUUAAUGGUGAUUUACUGUGUUGCUGCAAUGCUUGGAAUAAACAUGAGAAAAGGGUCGCCACUCUUGAAUUCGACCGUGAUAGGAAAUCUAUGGGAGUUAUUGCCAGUUCUACCUCUGGAAGAAAAGUGCUGCUUGUGAAGGGUGCAGUGGAGAAUGUGUUGGAGCGUAGCUCCUUCAUUCAACUACUUGAUGGUUCUAUUGUGGCACUUGAUCAAAGUUCAAGGAAUGCCAUCUUACGAAGUCUCGAAGAUAUGUCGACAAGUGCACUACGUUGCUUGGGAUUUGCAUACAAGGAGGAUCUUCCAGAGUUCGCCACUUAUACUGGUGAUGAAGAUCACCCAGCACAUCAGCUUUUGUUAAAUCCAUCCAGCUAUUCUUCAAUAGAAAGUAACCUCAUUUUUGUUGGUUUGGCUGGGCUUAGGGAUCCACCACGUAAAGAAGUCCGCCAAGCAAUCGAAGAUUGUAGAGAAGCAGGCAUUAGAGUUAUAGUUAUUACUGGUGACAACAAGAGUACAGCUGAAGCUAUUUGUCGUGAAAUAGGUGUAUUUGGUCAGCAUGAAGACAUAAAGUCUACAAGCAUAACAGGAAAGGACUUUAUGGAUCUUCGUGAUCCUAAAAGCCAUUUAAGGCAAAUUGGAGGGCUGUUGGUCUCCAGGGCUGAACCAAGACAUAAACAAGAGAUAGUCAGAUUGCUUAAAGAAGAUGGUGAAGUUGUUGCCAUGACUGGGGAUGGGGUGAAUGAUGCACCUGCCUUGAAAUUGGCUGAUAUUGGAAUUGCAAUGGGUAUCUCUGGGACUGAGGUGGCUAAAGAAGCUUCAGACAUGGUUUUAGCUGAUGACAACUUUAGCACUAUUGUUGCUGCUGUGGGUGAAGGCAGAUCUAUAUACAACAACAUGAAGGCCUUCAUCAGGUACAUGAUCUCCUCAAAUAUUGGUGAAGUUGCAUGUAUAUUUUUUACGGCUGCUUUAGGCAUUCCAGAGGGCCUCAUCCCUGUUCAACUACUAUGGGUCAAUCUUGUGACUGAUGGACCACCAGCUACAGCUUUGGGCUUCAAUCCACCCGACAAAGAUGUAAUGAAGAAACCCCCUAGAAGGAGCGAUGACUCGUUGAUCAGUACUUGGAUUCUUUUCAGAUACCUGGUUAUUGGGUUUUAUGUUGGAAUAGCGACAGUAGGCGUAUUCAUCAUAUGGUUCACUCAACAUUCAUUCCUAGGAAUCGAUCUAAGCGGAGAUGGCCACAGUCUGGUCUCUUAUUCUCAACUUUCCAACUGGGGUCAAUGCCCAACCUGGGAGGGUUUCUCAGUAUCGCCUUUCACAGCCGGAGCUCAAACAUUCAGUUUUGAUGCAAAUCCAUGCGACUACUUCCAAACGGGGAAAAUAAAAGCAAUGACACUCUCCUUAUCGGUCUUAGUCGCAAUCGAGAUGUUCAAUUCCCUUAAUGCCCUCUCAGAGGAUGGAAGUCUGUUGAAAAUGCCCCCAUGGGUCAACCCGUGGCUACUUAUGGCCAUGUCAAUUUCAUUUGGGCUGCAUUUCUUGAUACUUUAUGUCCCUUUCUUGGCUAAAGUGUUUGGGAUCGUGCCGCUUAGCCUGAACGAAUGGCUUCUGGUGCUGGCGGUUGCGUUGCCUGUGAUUUUGAUCGACGAGGUUCUCAAGUUUAUUGGCAGGUGUACAUCUGGUUCUAGAAGAAGAUUGGCGAAGCUGAAAGAGGAAUGAGAUGGAAAUUUUGGAAAGAAACAAAAAAAGGGUUAAAAUAAUAAAUGUGGCAGAUGAAUGGCUGCUCAUGUUUUCAUUUUAUCAUCCUAUUAGCAAGCAGGAAUAUACAACAUCAACAUCAUGGUUAGACAUUGAAAUACUCUAAUCUUCUAGAUUAUUAUUGUUAUAUCAACCUUUUCACUGUAGUUGAACAGCGGCAUUUAUCUAAUUCAGAUAUUUCCAUCACUUUUUUGUUGGAAUGAAAUUUUGUAAUUUGGAUUU